UAUAUAGCCAGUUUUCAUCCAUGUUUGGCGAUUAAUAUUCAUGAGGUGUAUAACUUACAUCGGAUGAGAUCGUUGUGUGGGCGGAGCUGUCAGUCACGACGUCGCAGAAAUAGAAGCCGUUUUUAAAAUAGAAGUGACCGUUGCUCGUCGCGCAUCCCUGUCGCGUUUGGUUAGGACACAGUGUAAGGGUGCAACAGAUCGGUUAAAUACUGUGGGUCCUGAUUGUGAAGACUCUUUAAGACAAUCUUUAGAAUUUUAAAAUCAAUUCUAUAUUUAACUGGCAGCCAGUGAAGUGAGACGAAAACAAGGGUGACACUCUUGUGUUUGCGCAAUGCAGUAAAAGCCGAGACGUUUUGGACAAACUGCAAACGUGUAUACGGUUUUUUUACUAUUACUUCCGGUUGGGACUUUUACUAAAGCGCUUUCAGACAUGCGCACAUUAACACAACUGAGAGAAAACCGGUGAAGGCGUUUUCAUGAAGUGAAAAUAGGUGCAAUGGACAAAGUACCUCUGCCGAUCGGUUUUUGCUUAAACCGUUUUUGACCUUUCCCUGAUAAAAGAUAAACGUUUUAAGCGUUUACAAGACCUCACAUAUAUCCACUUAUUAAGCAUAAUCCGCGUAAGACUGCACGUAAACGCGCUCCCUGAGGGACACCGAUCGUCUAAUCGAGAUACUUUUCCAGAUUUAAUUGUCAUUUUAAGUGUUUUUCAGUUGCAAAAAAAGGCUUCGUGUAUUUUGUUCAAUUAUCUUUGAGAUUUAGGAAAGUUUUGGUAUUAUUAUUAUUAUUUUAAGUUGUUACCGUUGUUCAGUUGAGAGGUGCUUGUUCGGAGGGUGAAGAAGGCACCAUACUAGUCGUGAAGUGUGUUGUUUAAUCUAUUAAACAGUAUCUGUGCUAACGUCAGCACAGAGACCACCAGUCUCUAAUUAACUGCCAUUAAUAAAAACUAAAUGUAUUUAAUAAGUAGAAUUUACUUUAUUCUGGCUAGUACAUUGUACUUGAAUUAUAGCAGCGAAUUUGACUUAAAAAUGUCCAUGCAAUUGUAAAGAGAAUUUAAAUAAGUAAAUUCUACAAGUUAUAUUUUCAGUGUAUAGUUGAAAAAUAAAUAUGCAAAUAUGGUGAUAAAUACAUGUCACAAAUGGUGUGAUGACAAAUCUAUCUUAUGCUAUUUUAUAUUAUAGGCUAAAUGUAUUAAUAUUAAUAAUAUAAAGCAAUAUGCUAAAUUAUUAACAGUUUCUUUAUUUAUUUUUUGCUAUGUCACCCACAUAUUUUUAAAUUAACUUUAUACUAGUUUACUGUUUAAUAGAUCAAAAGCACUAAUUAUGUCAGUAAAACUCAACAAGGUAAUGUGUUUGCAACUUUAAAUCAAUAUAUUAGAAUUUGAAACAUUCAGCAAUGCAAAGUAAGUGCUACAAAUCAACUGAACAGAUCUUAAUUGUUUUAAACAGAAGUGUUUAGUCAACUGCAUGUGCAUACAUGCUUAAGAGAAUCUUUUCUUUAUUCAGAUCAAACACAUCACAAGCAUCAAUGACUAUCUUUGAUCACUGUAUAAAUAAAGAGUUAAGGAUCAGAUAUGUUGGCUUCUGGUUGACACCUUUCCCCAGUAUUAUUAUCUCCUUGAAGAAACACACAGAUCAAAAUAAAGUUAUUGCAAAUGUUAUUUUUUUACAUUUUAAACUUUCAUGAUAUAAAGCAGACAGUGAAAAAUAGAAAUGUCAAAUAUUAAAUAACUCUAAAUAUUUUUGUGUGAUGCACACUUUAACUAAAAAAGUAGCUACCAAAAUAUUCUGUUAUUGCUAGAACAAAUAUGCUUAUGAAAAACUCAAAUUUUAUCUUUGUUAUCUUCAAACAACCGUGUUAUUUACACCUCGUGAAGAAUAAGGUAUAAAAGCAGGACUCCUCAGAUAGAUUUAAACAAUCUUCAAUUCUGACAGCAACAGUUGGAAAAACGAUUAAUCAUGGCAGUGAUAAGAGGUCUUGUGCUUCUUUUCUUGGUCUUUUCUUUGGAGUAUGCAGCAGCCCAAAAUAAUCUAUGUACCCAAAGUCAAAGAGGACGGUCAAUGCCUACCACUCCUCAUCACCCACCACCAAGAACAACUGCAACUCCAGCUAAAUCUUGCCCAGUUGGAUGGCAACGUUUUGGAGCAAAAUGCUUCAGGUUCUACCCUCAGGCAGUUAACUGGGCCACAGCUGAGAAAAGCUGUCAAAUCUUUGGUGGUAAUCUGGCAUCAGUGCGCACUAAAGUGAAAAAUGACUUUCUACUGAGUCUGGUACCGAGUUACACACGUGCUUGGAUCGGCGGUCAUGAUGGUGAAGUGGAUGGACAGUGGCUGUGGAGUAAUGGAGCUAGAUUUGACUACACCAACUGGUGCAGAGGUGAACCUAACAAUCAUCAAAAUCCAGAGCAUUGCCUGGAGCUAAACUUCAGCGGUAACCGUUGCUGGAAUGAUGUCCCUUGUUCAUUUGGAAUGGGUUUCAUUUGUGCUCAAAAACUCAGUUAAGAAGUUAUUCUUCUCUACAAGUAUACUUUGAUUGUACAACAUGUACCUUUGUUAUUUUCUGAACUCAUUUUCUGAA